UGGAACCUGUGAAGUCGGCUUUCACUCUGAUGGAACUGUGUCUCUGUCGUUUUGGGACUCUCUAAAUCGCUAUCCCGGAUUUCUACCCGAGUGCUUCACACUAGGCAUUCUGUUCGAGACUCUGCCACGUCUGGACGGCAAGUUGUCUCGCCUCUUCAGUGGGAGAAAUGAGUCCAACCGAUGCUAAACGGGGGGCUAAACGCAGGAAGAACAAGCGGGGCGGUGGCAGUAGCUGCAGUGCUGUCUGCAACACCAGCGGCGGCAAGGCCGGGGUCGCUUCGGCCCUGGGCUGUACGGGAGCAGCGACACCUGCCUCCGUGGUCAACUUUUUAACACCUGGCAGUGGGAAUGUGGGCUCCAUGGCGGGUCUGAACGGAGAGGUCAAAGCAAACACGACUAACAGUGUGAUGCCGCAGUUUACGGAAGGACCAGUGAAUGCUGACUUCUCCGGCGUCCUUCAGACCCCGUUCACGUUCGGCCUGAACCAGCGGGCGCCCUACACAGCUGGCGAUCGCUGCCUCCUGUGCCGAUGUGAGCGCAAGGACAUUGUUGUGCCUUCUGAGGCAAGCAUUUCAGGCCAGAACGGUACGGCGCAGCCCGCCAAGACGCCCAGCGCUCUGCAGCUGCCUCUCUGGGUGUGCUCUGACUGUCGGCGCACGGUGGAGAAGGAGGACCGGCAUACUACGCUGGAGCAGUCGUUAGGGAGUCAGGACUUUCUUUUGCACAUGCCUGUGGGCAAUGGAAACCUGGGCCAGGAGGCAGCCACGGGGGACAGACUCGCCACCACUGCGCCGACAUUACCCAUGCUCCCCGCCCCGGACCUCACUGCGCCCAUGCCCGCCGACACAGUGUGCAGCUGUGAAGCCUGCAACGAGAGACGGGCGAUCUCCGCCGAGUCCGAGAGGGAGUCGCAGCAGCUGCAGAACCACUGGUCUGAGGUCCGGUAUCUGGUGCGCUGCAUCUACCGUCAGACGGGGACGCCGCUCGCCGACGACCACGACCAGCCUCUGGAGAGAGACAAGGAGGGCAUGAAGGAGCUGGUAGACAGGCUAUGCGAGAAAGAUCCCUAUCAGCUCUACCAGCGACUGGAGCAGCAGGCUCGAGAGUACGUCUUAGAGAUGAAGGUGCGGCUACUAAAGCACCUUUCUGCAGGUUCCAAGACCCCCGGGCCGCCGGGGUCUGUGGCCGCAGCUCAGGGUCCCCCUCAGGCCCACCAGUUCGUCUCGCUGCUGCUAGAGGAAUACAGUGCCCUCUGCCAAGCUGCACGCACCAUCAGCAGCUUCCUGCUCACCCUGGAGAAUGAGCACCUCCAGAAGUUUCAGGUGACGUGGGAGCUACACAACAAGCACCUUUUUGAGAAUCUGGUUUUCUCUGAACCAAUCUUACACAGCAGUUUACCGGCACUAAUUGCACAACUGAAACAUGGCACGGCAUCCCAUGAUUCCUACAAUGAAGACAUGUACAGGACCUUGUUGGAGAGCUAUCAGCAGCUGCAGCAGGAAAUGACCUCCGUGGCUUCUGAAUGGCAGGAGUGUGAGAAGAGGAUUGACGACUACGUAGAUGAACAGCUGCUUUUUAAGGUGGACGGUCAGAGUGUCACCAACCAAAGAACAGAGCCACACAAGUCCUUGAUUAGCAAAAAUACUUUAAAGACCAAGCAGCGGAUGCUGAAGGAGGACUGGGAGUUCUUUAAGCAGAGGAGAUUCAUAGAAGAACAGAUACCGAACAAUAAGAAGUCCUCAACGGGAGAUAACAACUUCACGCACACGAUGAGGAUGCUCUCCUCUCGUCUGAGCAUUCCAGACUGUCCGAACUGCAACUACAGAAGGAGGUGCACAUGCGAUGACUGCAGUCUCUCCCACAUCCUCACAUGUGGCAUCAUGGACUCUCCCAUCGCGGAGGACCUCCACAUCAAGCUGCCCUCCCAGGGGGAGCCGCCCCGGGACUACCUGGCCGAGGUGCACCCUCCCAGCCUCUCCUCUGGCAGUUCGGCGUCCGGCUCCAACUCCAGUUCUCCCAUCACCAUUCAGCAGCAUCCGAGGCUCAUUCUGCCCGAAGGCGAUACCAACACCUUCAUCAGUGACGAUGACGAAGUGCCUCCGCUGUCCAGUAAGUUCGGGGACCUCUACCCCAUGAGCGGCUACGAGGACAAUGGCGUCGUGACCGCGGCCGUCAACGGCCUCCAUAACGACAUCAACGGCGACGGCGAAGACGUGACUCUGAAGGUGGGGUCCCCUCGCAUUACCAGCAGCAGCAGUUCAUCGGAGGGCGACGAGGAGGAAGCCAACGGCGAGGUCGGCGCCGAGCCCCCGGGGCAGCGGGAAGACCUUUCCUCAGGAAGUGCCAUCAGCCCUCCGCCCUCGUACACCCACCAACAGACAGAGCAGGUCCAGCAUGCCUGCGAGUGCCACGUGUGCAACCAGGACCCCGGCUCCUCCGCCCUGGGCCCGGCCACGUGCCUGCCCCCGAGCCGGCUGCACGCCGCGCCCCCGCCCGCUGUCGGCCACCAGUUCUUCACAGACAGCAAGACCCCCCCCGCACACCCCGCCCUCCACCUCUACCCGCACAUCCACGGCCACCUGCCCCUGCACAACUUCUCCCGGCCCCUGCUGCACCCCACACUCUACCCCCCCAGCCCUCCGCUCACACACAAGCCUAUUCCCCCGAGCCCCACAUCCAACCACUCGGCGGCCAAGCAGCCGGCCUUCAGCGCGUCGCUACCGGAACACGUUUACCAGAACUGCUUCGGCGGCGGCGGCGCGGGCAGCUCGGGGGACUGGAACAGCUCGCUGCAGUGUCUCUCGCUCAAGUUUGAGAAUUUGUGGGACGCCGCCGUGAUGAAGAGCUGGAAUCCGUCUAUGCUGCUGCCCGAAUCCCUGCCAGGCGACAUGCUUGGACCCCCCCUCGCAGAUGUCCCCCUCCCUCCAACAUCAUCCAUCGGCCUCCAGGGGGAGUACCCCUCCCUGCCCACCCCCGUCCCCCCGUCCUCCUCGUCGUCGCUGUCCUCCUCCCUGUCGUCCUCCUCGUCGUCCUCGUGCUCCUCCUCCGAAGCCAAAGAGCAGAAGAAGACCGGCGCCAAGAAGAAGUGUCUCUACAAUUUCCAGGAUGCCUUCAUGGAGACCAACCGGGUGGUGAUGGCCACCUCGGCCUCCACGUCCUCUGUGUCCUGCACUGCCACCACUGUCCAGUCAAGUAAUAACCCGCCCAUCCAUCUAGCAUCUAAAAGACCCAACUCCUUAGACGAUGUAUUUCACAGUCUAGGUAAAGAGGACCACAGGCAACCCACUCCAGCGGCCCCGAGGAGCGGCUCGGCGGGACUGACGUCCCUGCCGCCGCUCUCGGGCCCCGCCCUGCCCCCGGCGUCCCCCGCACACCUCUCCACACUCGGAACGCAGCCCUUUCCAAAGAUGGCCGCUCCGGCCCCCGACUUCGCCGAGUCCCACCCAGGCCUGUGCCUCCCGCCCGCGGAGCCUCCGGCCUCCUCGAUGGACGGCCCCGUCAGCGCUCCGCCCAGCGUCUGCAGUGAUCCCGACUGCGAAGGCCACCGCUGCGAAGGCAACGGAGCCUACGAGCACCAGACGUACGACGGAGAGGAGAGUCAGGACGAAGACAGCUGCUCGGAGCACAGCUCCUCCACCUCCACCUCCACCAACCAGAAAGAAGGAAAAUACUGUGACUGCUGCUACUGCGAGUUCUUCGGUCACGGCGGGCCCCCAGCUGCUCCCACCAGUCGGAACUAUGCAGAGAUGCGGGAGAAGCUGCGUUUACGUCUCACGAAGCGCAAAGAGGAGCAGCCGAAGCGGGAGGAGCAGCAGCCGGUGAUCGAAAGGGACGGCGGGGUGGAGGACCACCGGCGGGUCGAGGACCUGCUGCAGUUCAUCAACAGUGCCGACAGUAAACCCGUGUCGAGUUCCAAGGCAGCCAAGAGAGCCAGGCACAAACAAAAGAAGAUGGAGGAGAAGGCCCGUCUGGAGGCGGAGGCCCGGGAAAGGGAGGAGCAGCAGCUGCUGGAGGAGCAGCUGCGGCGGCAGCGGCAGGAAGAGGAGGAGGCGGCGCUUCAGAAAGAGCUGCUCCGGCUGCAGGAGCUGCAGCAGCACCGCGCCGCCAAGAAGAAAAGGAAAGAGAAAGCAAAGGAGAACGCGGCUCCUCCCCAGAACAACCCACAGCCGCUCAAACAGGCGGCUCAGAAUUUCCUAGAUAAUCUUCACAAUGGGAAGUCGCAGCUGCUUCAGUCGCUCAUUCGCCUCCCCGACCAGGACGCCGCGGCCCCGCCCCGCUCUCAGCACAGCCCCCAGCCCGAGACCACCGCCCCCAGCCCCGCAGCCCCCCUACACAACGGCACUUCCGCGUCCCCAGUCGACGUCAGUAAAGUUAAGGCCGCGCCGCCUGCGAAGGCCUGCGAGGCCGCCGCGAAGAGAGCCCCGGAGCUGCCCAAGAGCUCCGAGGCGGCUCCGAAGCUGGCCAACGGCACCGCGGCCCCCGCCGCGCCGGACACCAAAUCGCUGCGGGUCAGGCCUGCCGAGCCUCUGGCCGCGGUCCCGACCCCCGAGGCGCAGCAGGAGGAGCGCAGCAACAACAGGAGCGCCAGCGGCAAGAGGCAGCAGCCGCCGCCGCUGUCCCACACCAAGGAGGACAGGAGGAGUCCCCCCGUGUCCAACCCCUCCCCGUCUCCCCCGCCCGCCUCGCAGGUCGAGCAGAGCCAGCAGAACGGCACACCCCCCAGCGCAGAGUCGCCGCAGCCCAAAGGCAAGAACAAGAAGAGCAAGAAGAAGAAGGGAGACAAGAUGAACAGCUCGAUAGAUGACGUGUUCUUGCCCAAAGACAUCGACCUGGACAGCACUGAGAUGGAUGAGACCGAGAGGGAGGUGGAGUAUUUCAAAAGGUUCUGCCUGGACUCGGCCCGGCAGACCCGCCAGCGGCUCUCCAUCAACUGGUCCAACUUUAGCUUGAAGAAAGCCACGUUCGCCGCGCACUGAGCGAGCGUCAGUGAGCGGCCGUCAGAACACAAUCGGUACCUUAAACAGCUAUACAAACCCCGUCCCUUUACCUCCAGCCCCGCUGUCCUCCCAGAACUGAUGUCCCGCUGUGCCCAAAUCACACCCACGCUGCCUUGCUUUGUUCUCGUCGCUGUGUGGUUCCAACACGGACCCAUCUGGACCGAUCCACCCGCAGAUCUUAAAAAGGAAAAAAAAAAAAAAAAAAAGGAAACGACACAAAAAAGAAUCACGAAAUGCUACCUUACAUCUGAUUAUUUUCCUCGCGUGCUUGUGUGCUUUUUAGUCUGAGUCGGAGCGUCUCUCCCCACCCAGGAAGCCAUGGUCUGAAGAUAUUUUCUUAUAUUGGCUGAUCUGGAGUCGGAGGACGCUCACCUUGUCUGGACGGUUUCCUUCUGAAAAUAAUGAGAUAAAAAAAUAAGAGGAGGGAAAGAGACAAUGGAAACUAUUUAAAAAAAAAAAAAAAAAAAAGAGACAAAUGUAAAGAAUUAAAAGCUGUAUUUGAGAUAUUGUGGCUUACUAUCCCAUUGUUUCCCGAUCCCAGCACGGCAUUUCACCCACACGAUUGACGAGGGAACGGGCUCCGUUAGCUGGUUUCCCAUCACCACCCUCCCCUCCCCUCCCCUCCCCCUCCCCCCCUCCCUCUCCACCACCUCCACCCGAUUUCACUGAAAGGAGGAAGGCGUAAUACUUGACAAUAUUAUUUUUUUUUGUUUUUUUUUUUUGUUUGUUUUUCAGUUCUGUUUAACAAACUGUUGAGUAAACGUGUACCAGUUACAGUUUUUUUUUGUUUUCCUUAUUUUCGACCUGUAGCCAGCUUGUAUCGGAAUACUUUCAGAAUGAAAUUGAAAAAAAAGAAAAAAAGGAA